GGGAAAAGACACACUUCUCUGGAUUCCUCUCCUUCAGCACCUGAGCGAUGGCAGCGAGGCUUGUGGUGGCACUGGCGGCGAUAGCCGUUGUCCUGGCGGAACACUUUCCUCAAGGGGGCCAUCCACCAGCAACAGGUGUUCAUGUACAGCGGGCGCCCAUCAUCCAUGCGUCCCAGGGACCUGCCGUCCAUAUAAAUCGGGCACCCGCACCAGCCGUCCAAGUGCAGCGGGCACCCGUCAGGCACUCUGCCCGCCCCCCCGUGCGCCGUCCCGUCCCCCACCCCUUCACUACCCAGCAGCCCACGUACGGCCAACACCCCACCCGCCCCACCUACAGGCCCCAGCCCACCUACACGCCCACCACCCCGGCAUAUGGUCCCCCGUCCUACGCCCCCGCCCCAGCCCCCUCAUACGGUUCCGACCAGCCCGCCUGCGCCGCCACCUCCGGCAAGCCCUGGUGUAUCGAGGACAAGGAUUACCCAAGCUACGAGAUCCAGGCCGCCGCCGAGCGCAACGCGGACAAGCUGCUCACCCUGUACGCCGACGUGGCUGACCUUAACACCGAGCUGUCCGUCGACCUGCCCCACUACCAGACGGAGGAGACCUACCUCUGCCCCUCAGAGACCUCCUACGUCAGGCCGCUGCGCGCCAUCAACACGGAGGGCAAAUGGCGCAUCAUUGUGAACGGCAUCAAGGUGCACUACGAGACCCUGACGCAGACCACCCGCCUGGAGGAGUGCCUCAACCCUGGCUACGCCUGCCCGCUGGUGCCUCGGUGCUACGAGUCCAAGUGCCUGCAGAAGUCCAUCUACCACCGCUUCCUCGUCUACGACCCCUACGACCAGUACUUCCCCUUCGCCGUGGAGACCUUCAAGCUGCCCGCCAGCUGCGCCUGCCUGCUCGGCGCCUCCACCCUCGAACACUAACAACAAUACUGACAACAACAGCAGCGACAAGAACAACACAACUCUCAAUGCUUCCAUAAUCCGCCCAAUGUCUCAAACCCGAAACCCUCGUGCUCUUUAAUCCCUAGUCUCUGAGCCCAAGUCCCGGCCUGGCACAGCCUCGGCCACACGUGAAGAAAGCAGUUCUCUAGUCAUCUCGGUGCUCAACAAAACUUUGACUUGUUCACCACGACACUACUAUUUAUACUCAGGCUGUCGUGCUGCUGCUCAGCACAGCUUCCUGAUACAAUAAACAACUUUGCAUUA